AAUGUGACUAAGCUACCAAAAGCAGUCCCUACCUUCCCCCAAAUCACUCUAUUUAUUCUCCUCUUUCCCUCCUUAUUCUCCUCAACUCACUUCUUUCUCAUCUCUCUUUCUCUUUCUUGGAAUUUCCCCACUUCUUCUUCCUCCACAUGAAAAUGGCAGCUGCUAAAAUCUUGUUAGUGAGUAUUCUCACAUUAUUCUCAAUUGCUGAAGCAUAUGGUAGAGGACGAGCAUAUCAUAGAGGAAGAGGAUAUGGUAGAAGUGGUGGAGGAGGAGGAGGAGGUUGGACUAAUGCUCAUGCCACUUUUUAUGGUGGUGGUGAUGCUUCUGGCACUAUGGGAGGAGCAUGUGGGUAUGGAAAUUUAUACAGUCAAGGGUACGGCACAAACACUGCAGCACUAAGCACAGCAUUGUUUAACAAUGGACUAGCAUGUGGUUCGUGCUAUGAGAUUAGAUGUGUUGAUGACCCAAAAUGGUGUCUUCAUGGCACAAUUGUUGUCACUGCUACCAAUUUCUGCCCACCAGGUGGCUGUUGUGAUCCUCCUCUUCACCACUUUGAUCUUUCUCAGCCUAUUUUUCAACACAUUGCUCAGUACCGUGCUGGUAUUAUCCCAGUUGCGUACCGAAGAGUACCCUGCAGGAGAAAGGGAGGAAUAAGGUUCACAAUCAAUGGUCACUCUUACUUCAACUUGGUUUUAAUCACUAAUGUCGCCGGAGCCGGAGAUGUCCAUGGAGUUGCCAUUAAAGGGUCAAGAACAGGUUGGCAAGCUAUGUCAAGGAAUUGGGGCCAAAAUUGGCAAAGCAACAAUUACCUCAAUGGGCAGGCUCUUUCCUUUAAGGUCACCGCCAGUGAUGGUCACACUAUUGUAUCCUACAAUGUUGCUCCUCCUAAUUGGUCUUUUGGGCAGACUUACACUGGUGCCCAAUUUCGUUAAGGGACACCAUAAUUUUCUGAAAUGACCUUUUGGUCCUUUUGUUUAAAAAUAAGCCUCGAGUUUAUCCUAUAUAGUUUUAAUUAGGGUUUAUAUACUCGGGUUAGUAUUAUAAUGCGCGAAGAUUAUUAACCACUUUUUUUUAAUAGUGGGGGUUAAAAUGGGAAAUGUGGCUUAUUUUAUAAGGCCCCACUUUCCGUAACUACCCCUGUUUUUUAGGGUAUCCUUUUGUUGGGAGUGACACUUGUAACUGUGUGAGAUUUGGAAUAUUUCCUACUGUUUAAAGGCAGUUGAGGGAAAUGGUAUAGGGCAGAGGUGGAAUUUUUACCACCCGCCGGUAGUAUUUAGCAUAUCUUUUUUUUUUUCUUUUCAAAAUAUAGUGUACUAUUUGAAGUAAGGAGUAGGUAAUAUUUUGCUAUGUAAAAUUCAGGUUGUGUAUGAAUUAUGAUGAGGUGUGACUAUUGGAGUUCUGAUAUAGUGCAAUUAUUGAGCUCUCAAAGUGUAAAAUUUUCAUAUUUUUCAGUACCAAUGAGAAGUGAUUUUAUCUAUUA